AUGAGCGAGCUGAUUCAUAUCAAGUCUUCUCUUGUGGACGAGGAAGAUUUCUCUAAGGACAAUGAACAAGUGUCAAGCAGAAUGUUACCCUAUUCACUGCCAGUGGCGCUUCCUUUAAAGAUGAACAACAAGAGGAACAAUGCAAAACCAAUGAGACGAUACGGCGAACACGAAGAGGAGAAGGGGGGCAAUUCAAAAAUUUCGAAAAUAUUCCAGCUGGCGGUUACAGCGCUCUCGUUCCUCGCGUUCGGCGGCUAUCUGCUCACGCUUAUAAUAAUGUCUAUUCGCCGAAACACGCCGCAGCCGAAUAAUGGCCUGAUCGUCUUAUCAAAUGUACAAGGACUGCAAAACUACCUCAGACCAAAACGGAACGUCUUCGAUCCUGCGGAGAACGAUUUUGAGACCGAGAGGCUGUACCAGGGAAUGAUCAUGCUGUCGAAGUCUUAUGCAAAUUACGAGGCUAGGAAGUAAAUGUUUAAAGUGACAUUAUAUUUUAACAGAAUCAAAUUUAGUGAAAACUAUUAAGGUGAAAGGGGUUUAAAAAUAUUGCAAUUUUUCAUUUGUAAAGUAGUCGUUUGAUAGGAAAAGUCGUGAUAUAAAAUUAAUUUAAUAAUAUUAUGAUUAUUAAUAUAAUAUGUUGCAUCGCAGUGCAAUUGAAUAGGAAUUCAGCUUGGAUCCGGAGGAAAAUUGUAUAAAACCACAGUAUUCCUUCUUUUUUAUAUUCAUUCUGUUUCGGAAGAGGAAGAUAAUCGCCGGAACUGUAAAUCCAAGAUCUCAUAAUGAACGCGAGGAACACCUUACGAUGCUGAUCGACUCAAUUAAAGGUUCGAUUAUCACGAUCCAGCGGACUCACGAAAAUCCUAAAACCUAAUAAAAUCGAAUAGAGGAUCACGGUGUGUACAUAUCCCGAAGAAUAUUCUUGGCGUGUGGGUAGAGAGGCUGCUUCAAACAUGGCUCUUCAAAUAAACACCUAAGUGACUGUAUACUCCGAAAGUCUGCAUGCAAAGAUAACCAUAUGGCUCCCAGAGAUAUCAUCGGCCAUACGUCUCUAUGCUAUUAUUCCAUGGAUAUGUAUAGCCUGAGUAGCAUUUUUCGGAACUUCAUUUUUGUUCAUAUUUUCUUCGGCAACGACGUCCCUUCUUCGAUCU